ACUCGAAGACCAGUAUCCUUGAGAGAUCCGAACACAGUAUGUAGUCGAAGGAUAUCAGAGCAUGGUACAGACACAAUACACAAGCUAGAACCGUGGAAGACAUUCUAAAGCAUAUUGGCCGAUAUUUUUAUACGCCUGUAGUUCACAUCAAAGCCAAGAAUCACAAUGUGGAGAAUUCUAGCUUUCUUAUUGGUUGUAAUCUUCAGGUUAUCAGAAUGUAAAGUACGACUGGCUGGAGGAUCGUCCUCAUCAGAAGGUCGAGUAGAAAUCUUCCACAAUGGACGUUGGGGGACAAUUUGUGAUGACAACUGGGAUAUCGAUGAUGCAAGAGUCGUGUGUCGUUCCUUGGGGCUGCCAGACGCCAUCGGUGCCACAACUCUUGCUAACUUUGGUCAAGGGUCUGGUGAAAUAUUGCUAGAUGAGGUUCAGUGUCGUGGAAAUGAGUUGUCACUUUCUGAUUGUCGGCAUGAUGGAUGGGGAGAAAAUAACUGUGGACAUGGUGAAGACGCUGGAGUCGUCUGUGGCCAUCCAGAUGUGGUUAAUAUCAACGUGUCUAGUCUGUCUGGAGUGAUCAGAAGCCCUGGAUAUCCACAGCACAUGCAAAGAGCAAACUACGAAUGGACAUUCAGACCUCCAAUACCAAAUCCCAACGUGAUCGUUUGCUUUGAUGAUCUUGAUUUACGAACCUACAGUGACGGAUCUUUCAGAGCAACUGUUCAAGAUUCCAGCAACACUGAACUUUUCUUUCUCAAAAACUCAAAACACAAAGGAGUUUGUGUGAUAAUAGAGAGUGCAGGAGGAAAAGUUAUAUUCUACGCUUCUCUGACACCUCCAAAAGAUGACAGAGGAAGUGGUUUCCGUAUGAGAUAUGCAGCUAUCGAUAGGUCACAAGCAGAAGGUCAUUGUAGUGACGGUUGGGACAUAUCUGCCAAAGGUGAAGCUGGAAGGAUAGACCUCUCAUGGAAACCUCCUCCAAAGAAAAGCAAGUCAGCUUACAAAUUUAUAGUAGUGUAUAACUCUUCAGCAAGUAAUGUUCGUGCAAACUUAGCAAGUUCAACGUCAGUGGUCAUCGAUAACUUGGAUCCGAGUAGGGAAUACUCGAUACGAGUGAUAGCAAUACCUUUGACAAAUGAGCAAAGCUCUGCUCUUUAUUCCUGUACCAAACGCGUCAGGACAAAAAAGGAAAAAUCUCGUGUUACUGAUGGCAAGUCUGCUAGCGAAGGUUACGUGCAGGUCUAUCAUGCUGGUCAAUGGACGCGUGUAUGUGGCAACUACUGGUGGGAUAUUAAUGAUGCAAAUGUGGCUUGUCGUUCAAUGGGUCUCGUUGCUGCAAAACAUGCUAUGGUCACUUAUCCCAAGAUUACAAAGAAAGGCCAACAUAUUUUGCUUGGAAAUAGCAUUAGCAAGCUAUGGUUGUCGGGACUACGGUGUACAGGGCGAGAAAAGAGCCUUCUUGGGUGUCGCACAAUUGCCAGCUUAGGAUGGACAAAAUUUUGUUAUAAUGAUGCUGGUCUGGUCUGUAAAAAGCCUCCAGUAACGUCCAACUGGCGUCUUUUCGACGGAAUGUUUCCAAAUGAAGGGCUGCUCGAAGUUUACCAUAACGGCGAAUGGGGACGUGUGUGUUCAAAAUACGGAUGGAACAUGAACUCAUCGAAGGUAGCGUGUCGUUCACUGGGUCUACCUGCACCUCCGUUCGUAUUGAAAUACGUUAGAUAUUGGAGGCCAAGAGAAGAAGGUUCCCUUUACAUCAGACCUGAAAGAAAGACCUGGAUCAAGAAUCCAUCAUGCGAUGGAACUGAGAAAAGUCUUGCUGACUGUCGAAAUGGUGAAAUGAAGAAGUCGAUAUGUCGAUACAGUACUGGAUAUUUAAAUCUCGUUUGUGGCCUUCCUAAAGUUCAACAGAUUUACAUCAAUGAUACGAGUGGUGUGAUCACAAGCCCCGGUCAUCCAUGGUACACCAAGCAGGCUCACAUGAAGUGGAUAUUCAAACCCGCCGUCUCCGCAGAUGCUAAAGUUCUACUUUACUUUGAUAUGAUGGAUCUGCGAAGGAAUUAUCCUGUCUCUAACGAACGAACUUCUCUCUCCAUUCACGAUGGAAUAAACACGACUUUGUUUUACAUGGAGAACAAGCUGGCGAAGUUAACGGCUGUCAUGGGAACCAGUGACGUCAUAGUUUCUUUUUUUUCUUCUUUUACGUACGUGUAUGAUGGUCGAGCACUUAGACGCACUGGAUUCCGAAUGAGAUACUUAAUCGUUGAUAAACCUUGCCAUGAAAACUGGAAUAUCUCUGUUGAAGUUAAACCUGGCCGAAUACUCGUGAACUGGGAUGCAUUAGACGAGAAUUCUGGACAUCGAGAUUUGAAAUAUAAAUAUGUAGUGAUGUACAACUCUACAAGAGAACAAAUCAAAACUGUCCUGACCAGUGGUACAUCAGUUGAUAUUGACUACCUUCCACCAAAUACCCUGUACUCAGUUGGUGUACUGGCGUAUCCUUCAGAUGCAACCAAGAAUUCUAGCGGUUUCUACUUCUGUUCAGUCAAAGACUUUCAUACUCACAAAGCAACGACGCGUCUCGUUGGCGGGAAAACCCCUUUGGAAGGACAUAUACAAGUAUUUCAUCAAGGAAUAUGGGGAACGAUUUGCGAGGACAAGGAUUAUGGUGUAAAUGAUGCCAGAGUCGCAUGCAGGUCAAUGGGUCUACCGGACGUGACGUAUUACAAAACGUAUUUAAUGUUUGGCCGUGGAAAAGAGAAGAAGAAAUGGUUAAGAGCUUUGAAAUGUAAAGGGAAUGAAACGAGUCUAGGCGACUGUAAACAUGCUGGAUGGGGUAAUACAAGAUGGUGUUAUAACUAUGAUGCUGGUGUGGUCUGUGGGAAUCCUUCAGAACAACAUUUCACCAUCACCAACUCGGCUGGAGCGAUUAUGAGCCCUGGUUUCAGCGAUUACAUGCCCAUGAUGCACCAUGUUUACCAUUUUCCAAAACCGGCCACCGGUUCAAAUGCAAAGUUGAUCCUAUACUUGGAUACCGUCUGGCUAGAUCGUAAAGGAAACAAAGGAGAAAGUAGUUUAACGAUCAAAGAUGGCACCAACACUCAAAUAUACCAAGCAAAAAACAAAAAUACUGGUAGAAGAGUGCUUGAGAUUACAUCCUGGCCUGUAAGCAUGGACGUUUAUUCUUCUUUCACGGUGAGGGAAUGGAUAGGGAUCUUCGGUGUGAAUAUACCAUUCAUCGUGGUAAAUGAGUCCUGCCGCGAUUGGAAUAUUUCAUUGACCGGCAAAUCUGGAAUGAUAUUAGUAGACAUGGAAAAGCUAAGUAAAUCUUUUUUUGAAAAGUACCAAUAUGUAACGUUUUACAACUCGUCGACAAUGGUGACCAAAGAAGUAAAGGAAAAUGAUUACAGCUCCGAAACCCUUUACUCGUUGGAACCCAAAACACUGUAUACCGUCAGUGUCUUUGGAUUUCCAUACAAGUAUACUGGAGCAGAUAAAUCAUAUCACUACUGCACCAAAAAUGUCCGCACAGAAGAUGUAAAACUUCGUCUAACUGGAGGGAAAUUCCCCAACGAAGGCCGACUUGAAAUGUUGUACGUUGGCGGAUGGGGCACCAUAUGUGAGAAGGAAUGGGAUAUUAAAGAUGCUGCUGUUGCUUGUCGGUCAAUGGGCUUACCCAAAGCAACUCAUGCCUUAAAGCAAAGCGAGUUUGGACAUCUCAAGAAAAGGAGUAUGAUGAACAAAGUAAACUGCACAGGGAAUGAAACAAGUCUGGGAGACUGUCCUCAUUAUGGAUGGAAAUUCUGGCUUGAGAAUGAAAGGGGCAAUGAAAGGUGUUCUUCUGCUGCAGGUGUUGUUUGUGGUCAUCCAAAUGUUACCUCGUUCAACAUCACUAGCCUGACUGACAUGCUCACAAGCCCUGGGUUCCCAAAAUCGUUGGACCAAGCAAACUACGAAUGGACGUUCACACCUCCCAUGUUAAAUGCGAGUAUCUUGCUGUGCAUCGAACAACUGGAUGUCGAUCGUGGAACUUCUGGUGAAAGAAGAGUGUCAGUAAUCGAUAGAUCUGGGCGUCAGCUCCUCGACAUCAAAAAUGGCAAAACUUACAAACGAACCCACGUAUUGAUCCAAAACAACCCUUCGAAACUGUCCUUCUUUUCGCCAUUCACGUUAGAGAACUCCUGGUCAGACAAAGGCUUUAGAAUGCGGUAUUUUGUCUUCAAUGAAUCUUGCAAAGGUAACUGGAAUGUUACUGUUCAGAAGAACUCCGGGAACAUCAAAAUUUCCUGGUCUUUAAUGGAUCACCACACCAAUUAUACCUACGCUGUAGUUUACUACCCAACAUCCAAGAACAUCAAAUCACAGACAACCAGAAUUCCAUCUGUUAUGAUGGACUAUCUGGAACCAAAUACUGAGUACACCAUACGACUGUUCGCUUUUGUACCCCAAUCGAAGGAAUUGAAUUUUUGCUCCAGACGCGUGCGCACAGACGCUGUACAAUGGCGCAUUGUCGGUGGACAGCUUAACAACGAAGGAGUCAUUGAAGUUAACUACAAAAACAAAUGGGGCGCAGUUUGUGCUGAUCAUCUCUGGGAUCUGAAAGACGCCACCGUUGCCUGUCGCUAUUUGGGUUUGCCUAAAGCAACCUAUGCACCAAAAUAUGGAGAAUUUAGAACUGAGAAUACGAAGUUCUGGUUGAACUAUUUACAGUGUUUGGGUAAUGAAACAAGCCUGGAAAAUUGUUAUCACCGACUUUGGAAGAGUUAUAACUGUUUGUAUCCGGCUGGUGUUGUCUGUGGGGACAUGACGGUUGAGCGUCAUAACAUCACGGAUCAGGCUGGGUUUAUCAACUCUCCUGGAUAUCCUUAUUCCAUGAUCCAGGCACACCACGAGUGGACGUUCAUCCCUGCCAACCAAAACACCAGAGUUUUAAUGGAAUUUCUACAUGUCGAUUUGAAAAGAUAUUUAUCAGGAAAAAGUGAGAUGAAGGUCGAAGACAAUGAAAAGAAUCUUCUUUUGAACGUAAAAAACACAAAAAUUGAUACCAGACAACGAUUUCUUGUCAACAAACCCACCAAGAUGACUUACUUCUCAUCAUUCACUUCAAAAUAUGGAGCGGGAAUGCGGAUGAGAUACGUUAUGUUUGAUGAUACUUGUUCAAGUAACUGGAGCAUCAAAGUCAAAUCUGGGAUCGGUAAAAUGGACGUGUCUUGGACGCCUCAGUCAAGAGACUCUGAAUACAACUAUCUGAUUGUAUACAACGGCACAUUCAAUAAAUCUAACAUCGUAGACGCCCAUUCCCCAGGAGCUACGAUUGACUAUUUACCUCCUAACACCGUUUAUAAAGUCACCGUGCUGGCCUUACUUACAAACAACACGGUUACAAAACACUGCACUAGAUACGUGCGUACGAAACCAGAACCUCUUCGUGUUGUUGGAGGACGAAUCCCUAGCGAAGGACGAGUUGAGAUAUACAAUAAUAAUUAUUGGGGGGUGAUUUGUGAAGAUAACUGGGACAUGGAUGAUGCAAGGGUGGCCUGUCGUCAAGCAGGUUUUCCACCACCAACUUGGGUGUUCAAUUUCUCUCCAUUUCUACCACCCAAAAAACGAUCAACUGUGCUAGGCCCAUUACAGUGUAACGGGUCUGAAACAAGCAUUUUUAAGUGUCCAGUAAGGAAAGACUGGUGUUUCAAUACUAAUCCUGCAAGUUUAGUCUGUGGAAAGCCAGCAAGUAGGAGAUUGAGACACGUUUUGAAUUACUUGAAGAUCCAUUCAUCACCAUUCAUCCAUUCAUCCCUCCAUCCAUUCAUCCAUUUAUCCAUUUAUCCAUCCAUUUAUCCAUGCAUCCAUCCAUCCAUCCAUCCAAUUUCAAUUAUCUAUCGUAACAUGCACCUCAUUUCAUCUAUUCAUCCCAUCCCCUCCCAUUCCAUUCAUCUAUCCAUUAAACUGACAUCUAUAUUUAUCCCAAAAGAAUGCAAGACUGAGAUUCAAAACAGCCUCAAGGGAAAUAUACAGUGGGAUGACUAUUUUAAUGAUCGUGAAGUGGAAUGUGAAUGGACCAUAACAGCACCAACAAAGUCGUCUCCCAUAAUCAUGACUCUUAAGAAGAUGGCCUUGAAUCAUUACUCUCCUUGUAGUAAGAACUACAUGAUUUACGUGGAUGCUCUUGGCCGUGAAGUUGAGAGGUACUGCAAGUCAAGUCGUGGGUUAAUGACCUUUGUAGCCUUUGGUUUUCUCAAAAUUCGACUCCGUUCAGACGUGUCUUAGUAUCGUGUACAAAUGAACGCCGAAUAUUUUAUUUCAAGCAACAAACUGGACGACUUUGUCACUGCGUCAAACUGGUUCAUAACAGCCCAAAGCAAAACACCUGGUGCGAUCGAGGUAACAUGGCCGCAAAAUAAACCAAGAGACGAAAAAUCUCAGAACUUUAAACAAGUGGUUAAGUAUGUCCCCGUCUGUGUU